AUGCUCGAAUGGUAUCCUCCGCCAGGCUCUGACGGGCAUCUGCUCUUAAAAAUAAACAUCGCCUUCAUUGCUGUUUCUACCGUCAUUGUAGCGACGCGCCUAAUAAUAAGAGGGUUCGUCAUUCGCAGUCUCGGGAUCGAUGACCUAGUCUCUACCAUCGCGCUUUCACUUUCUCGGCAAUGGAAAUCCAAGGUUGGAAUCUCCUUUCCUGACACAUUUGGGCAGCCUCUAACCUUCUCAGCCGUCUUCAAUGGAUCAGGAACACGAUUGGACGAGGUCCCACCAGACAAGCUUGUCAAGUUCUUCAAUUCAUACAAGACUAAAAGACAGCAGAUGCUCCCAAUAGAGAGAUUACUCUACUUCUGGGCGAUCGGGUUUGUGCGGCUCUCCGUGGUUGCCUUCUAUCCUCGCCUUAAAUGCAACGACAGAUGGUUCACUUGGAGUAUCUACAUCAUCGUCUUCGUUAUUGUUGCCAGCACGAUUAUCCCCUUCUUCUGGUUCCUGGCCAACUGUAAGCACAUCCCUGAUGAGUGGGAUCAUUCGGCCCCGAACAGAGAAUGCCGCGGUAUAUGGCCACAACUAUGGAUGUUGAAUGGAAUCUGUGUCGUAGGAAUCGCCCUCGACCUCUGUCUACUCGCCGUCCCGAUCGUGGUGAUUUGGAAAUCGAUGAAGUUUUCCAAUAAGCUACCUCAAGUGCUCCUGGUGUUCUCCGUCGGCAUUUUUGCAAUGAUUACUUCGGUGGUCCGCUUGGUUAUCAUGUGUACUACCGACUACACAACAAAUGUGACCUACAAGAUGAUCACCAUUGGUCUCUGGACAAGUCUUGAAGGUCACGUUGGGCUCUGGACCGCCUGUUUUCCGGCUCUUCAGCCUCUUCUCCGAGAUAUUGGCCGUUUCUGGUUCGGCUUACUAGGUACAGGCGGGUCACUCAAGAAAGGUACUGGGAUGUCAAACCUCAUCGAGAACUCUGAGGUGAACAGUCGCAAUAUUUCAGUUGUGUAA